GGGGAGAGGGAGCUUGAGUCCUCUGUGAGCGAGGUAAACUAAGAUUGGGUGGUGCGGGCAUCUCGCUUUCUGAGAUCAGAGACUGCUGGCGGGGAGGAAGGAAAGCAGCAGAGCUUCCCGUUGCCGCCGCCUGGGGAUAGCUGGAGACAUUGCCGCCGGUUGCUGAGGGCAGGAGCCUGCGAAGUGUAGGCGCCCGGAGAUACCAACACGACCUUCCUCUUUGCUGCCGUGGUGCGCUGUGCUUCAAGGGAGAGAGCGAGGCAGAAAGAUGGACUUAAAAUGAACAAAGGCUGACAGCUCUGUCUGUGGAAAGGCUUGACGGAGAGAGGGAGGGAGAGACGACGGCUCUAGCAACCGCCUCGACUCGCCUUAGCGACUGGAGCUCCGGUGAAGUAACUGCUGUUGCCUUCAGCGCCUGACAAUGAAACCGAAAGGCAGGUCCCUCGCAGGGGGUGGCGGUCACCGCUCCGGGUGAUUUUGAGCUGCUUUCCGGGGGGCUCUUGCCUGGGGACAGUUUGACAAUAAGUCACCUCUUCGCCUUCCUCCAGAAGUGACCGCCGCCCCCCCGGCAAAGCGAGGUACAAACCCGGGAGCCUUGCUGCGAGGGUGCCUCUGUGUUCUCUAACAGCCCUUGCCUUGUCUUGCCGUGCCUCCUUGCCGCCGCCGCCUUCCCCUGCUUUUGAACCGGGGGCGCGCUGACAACUGGAAGGAGAGGCAGCUGCCGCCGCACCGUUGUUUCUGGGGCGAUUUGUCGUUGUGUACUUCGCGGUGUGGUUUAUCCUUGGAGAUGAGAAGGAAGAAGUGGCGGCUUCUGCUUGGGCUGAGGCUGGCUGUUGGGGAUAAGCCUAGAUAAAGAGACGGGGAACGCCGAGCGUCUGUGUCGAUGUCGGAAAGCAAUUGACAGGAGGGAGCGCUCAGACUGAGGGUAGUUGUGGUCUGGCUUUGGAGCCAACAACAGUUUGAAAGGUGGUAGGAUGACUGUGGACGCGCGGGACAGGCCUUUGGUGACGCCAACAUCUGUUUGAAAAACUUCUUCCGGGCUGGAAUGGAGAAGUGAAGCCCUAAGACUACUUCUUUUAAAGAACUAGAAGAAGAGCAACAAAAGAAACGCAGGGGGGAUCUGGAAUAUAGAGUGGCUUGUGAACAACCACAUUGCCUCUGUGCCUUGCAACUGACUCCUAAAGAAAGGGGAUGCAUAGGAUAAGCAAGGGUAUUUCUGUCGUCAAAGAAAGAGGAAGACUGGCUUCUCAUGCCCUAUCUUAAUUUUUUCCUCCCGGAAUAGGGUUUGACUGUAAUACAGAACAGCCUCUUUCAUGGCAAGGAAAGCUUAAGGGAAAUAACAAUUCCCCUUGUAAUUCAGAGCAACAAGAAGAAAAAAAAUAGAGGACUCAUAGCGAGGUGCAGAGUUUAGGAAGAGAUCCCUGGAAAAAAUUGGAUGUUAUGGAUUGUUUCUCAGCAGCUGGUCCUGGAUCAGGAUUGAUGGGUUUGAAUGAAUUAAUAGGAAUUUUUUAUUUUUGUAGAAUCAUAUGUAUUUUAACAAACCUUUGUGAAAAGAAGCUUCCGAGCUUCAGAUUUGUCUGCUUCCAAUGCUGAAUCAAGAUCUCCUUCAAGAUGUGGAAGUGAAGAACACACUGAGCAAUUUAAGCAAAGGGCACAAUGCUUUAAAAUUCUUUUAGAGUUUUAUGAUUGGAUAGAAACUUGAUUUAUAUUUUAACUUUUCUAGUUCCUUUUUGUUGUAUGAUUAUGCAGUUCUAAAGGAUUAUUUUGAACUUUUAAAAUUCCAUAGUUAAGAAGGGAAGGACUGCUUACCAUUUCUGAAAUGACAGCUUUAGUCUCUCAGCAGUUAACUGGGUAUUAUAAAGAGCUGUGAGAAACUUAAAAUUAAAAUUACUAAUAGUGGCUUCUGGGAAACUUUCUGUUGAAUGAGAUUAGUUUGGGGAACUGUUCCCCCUCAUUCUCCCUUGAUGACUCCUGGCGCUGGUGGUGGAGGGCCCAUGAAAGACUGUGAAUACAGUCAGAUCAGCACUCACAGCUCCUCUUCUCCCAUGGAGUCUCCCCAUAAGAAAAAGAAAACAGCUUAUAGAAAAAAAUGGGAGGUUUUUCCUGGGAGAAACAAAUUCUUUUGCAAUGGAAGGAUCAUGAUGGCUCGCCAGACUGGAGUCUUCUACCUGACGCUUCUACUUAUCUUGGUUACCAGUGGACUCUUCUUUGCCUUUGAUUGUCCGUAUUUAUCAGAUCAGAUUACACCUGCUAUUCCUGCAGUAGGCGCAGUUCUGUUCUUUUUUGUGAUGGGAACCUUGCUACGUACUAGCUUCAGUGAUCCUGGAGUCCUACCCCGUGCAACGCCAGAUGAAGCAGCAGAUUUGGAAAGACAAAUAGGUAACACAGAAGAUAUUGCAAAUGGUUCCAGUUCAGGAGGAUAUCGUCCACCUCCCAGAACAAAAGAAGUAGUAAUAAACGGGCAGACAGUAAAAUUGAAAUACUGUUUUACCUGCAAGAUUUUCCGUCCUCCUCGUGCCUCACAUUGCAGCCUCUGUGAUAACUGUGUAGAACGGUUUGAUCAUCACUGUCCCUGGGUAGGCAACUGUGUGGGGAAAAGAAACUACAGAUUUUUUUAUAUGUUUAUUUUAUCUCUGUCCUUUCUGACAGUUUUUAUAUUUGCAUUCGUUAUCACCCACGUCAUCCAUCGAUCUCAGAAAACAGGGUUCUUAAGCGCACUCAAGGACAGUCCUGCAAGUGUGCUGGAAGCUGUGGUGUGUUUCUUCUCUAUAUGGUCCAUUGUUGGACUCUCAGGUUUUCAUACUUAUCUGAUCAGCUCCAAUCAAACAACAAACGAGGAUAUUAAGGGAUCUUGGUCCAAUAAAAGAGGUAAAGAGAACUACAAUCCAUACAGCUACGGCAAUAUUUUUACUAACUGUUGUUCUGCACUUUGUGGGCCCCUCUCUCCCAGUUUGAUUGACAGAAGAGGAUUUAUACAGCCAGAUACUCCACAGCCAGCAGCACCCUCAAAUGGCAUUACAAUGUAUGGAGCAACACAGUCUCAGAGUAAUAUGUGUGAUCAAGAUCAGUGCAUUCAGAGCACUAAAUUCGUUUUGCAGGCUGCUGCCACACCACUACUCCAGAGUGAGCCCAGCAUUACUAGCGAAGAGCUACCUUUACCAGGAAAGACCACUAUCAGUGCUCCCUGUGCCGCGCUAACACUAGGGCAGCCGACUCCACCCUCCUCCAUGCCAAAUCUCACAUCAGAAACAGGUUUGUCAGACAUGAUACCAUUGAAGGAGGAUCCUGAAAGUCAUCAGUUUCUUACUCCUGAAGAAGCUCCAUCACCACCUGGCAUGUUGCCAUUGGGGAGUCCUGUGACACAUAGCCAUACCAUGCAUGUCCUCAGCCUAGCCAGCCAAGAUUCAUUGCAUGAAGACUCAGUACGUGGCCUUGUGAAACUCAGCUCAGUCUGAACAACUUUAACUAUGACUUUCAUUAUACUGACCUUAUUUACCAACUAUAACAAACUUGGUACACUUUCAGACUGUGGAAUACACAUGUACCUGAGAUUUUGCUACGCGGUGGUAUAUGCUAAAAUAACAAAUUAUUUUUGUGCAAUGGAAUUAUGAUAUUCUUUAAUAGUGUUGGUGGUUUGGAUUUGACAGCAAUGUUGAUGUCUAAAUGAAAACCAAAAUGUACAUUAAUUCUAACUGGUAACAAAUGCAAUCCAGCAAACCGGAAUUAUUCUACAAAGGUAUUUAUUAUAGUGCUUUAAAAAAUUACUGAAUAUAUGAAUCACGCUCCAUAUUUAUGAAGCUACUGUGUAAUACCACCUUUAUAGCCAGUGGGAGGGAAGACACUCUUUUCUUGUUACUGUGCUACCAAUAUUUGAAACAGAAACUUACCAUUCCGUUAAUACAAAAACAAUAAGGACUGCCAUUGUGGAUUUGCUCGCCAUGCUGCAUUGUAUGUUACAGUAGUGCUGGUACUGAAAGAAAGUGCUGCUUUAUUUUUUGUGAGUUCCAAAGUACUGUUUUAUGUAAAAGACAGUGCAAUUAAUCUAAUGGACAAAUAUGGUGUGUGUUUUCCAACUUAGUCAAGUUUAUUAUAAAUAAAUGAGUUAAUGGUAUUUCAGAUGUAGGGGAUUUUUGCAUAUCAUUCUAGUGUUGAGUAUCUAAAAUAAAGUAUUGUGUUGUGCCAUAUCAUGGAUUUUUCUCUGCUACCUGCCACACCUUGUCCUACAUGACCACAUUACAUGUGGACAUCUAAUUAAAUUGUAUUCUAUCUGUCUCUGGAUAUGUUUCUGGAGCCACAUGGAUUUCAGUUUCUCUCAAGCAGAUGUAAUUGAACACAAAGGUAUAGUGAUAAACCAAUUAUGAACUCUUUUGUUUCCAUAUUGUGUGUGGUUUUAUAAAUAGGCUGUUUAAUUUUAGGGCACAGUGUGUCUUCAGCUAAGUGGAAUGCUAAAAUAACUUGGAAGUAAUAUGUUCUUGAGGACCUCUUCCAGUGAUAUCCAGGGGAUUCUCUCAAAUAUAAGGUUUGCAAAAUAAGGAUGUCAAGGCUUUCGCAAAGGAAUAGAUACGAUGCUGGGAUAUAUUUGAUUACUAACUGACAUCCAGUCAUGGUUAUUCUCAGCUAUAUAUUUCUUCUGCUAUUUAAGACAUACAUAUUUAUGGUACAGAAUUGUUUGAUGCUUUAAUAUGGGGGUUAAGAAAAAUUAGUUGUAACUUUAAAACAAUCCCCUCAGGGACAGCCCAAGAGAGCAGGCAAUGAGAAUGGUGUGUAUCUCUGCAUCUUGCCUUGCUUUGAAGAUGCUAGGACCUGCAAUAAUCUCUUCUCAGGACAAAAUUUAAUGCAGAGUAUUUUCAGAAUUCUAAAUCAUCGCUCCAGGCAACUUUUUUAAAAAAAUGGAUUGUGACGGUAUUAGUCAGUUGCAUUUCUGAUACAUGGAAAAACAGAUUAUAAAAGAAACUAAAAGCACAAUGUUUAAAUUGGAAUAAUGCCAUCUGUUACAGAAAUGCUAGCAAGAGCCCUCACACUGUGUACAAUUUUGUAAAAGGUAUUUUUUUCCUGAACAGUGAUAAGUCUUUCACCUUGUUGCAUGUAUAGAAAAUUAGAAACAAAUUUUGAUAUCCACAGGUUCCUUGUUUUUGUUUUCUUUUUUGCAGAAAGCUAUGCAUGAUCUGCAGUGAUAUGGUUGCAGAUCAUUAAAGUGUAAUGAUUGUUGUGAGCCAUUAAAAUGUUUACAAGUUUUCAUAUGAAGGGAUAUUGCCUCUUUUGCUGACUGACCUCAUAGGGUUUCUUUAAAAUCCAGCAUAUAUUCUUUCCUUUAGUAUAUGAAUAUUCCAAAGAAAAACCAACAACUUUGAGAUGAUUACUCAGGGCUCAGGUGUUUUUUAUUGCUGUUCUGGCAAGAUGUAACAGAAGCAUGUGUGCUACUAUAAGCACCAAUAUAACAGCAGCAAAGAUGGUAGUGGGGUCCUUUUAGGGGAGGAGGAUGGGAUUGACCUCCUCCAUGCAACAGCAGAACACCUCAGAGGCAACAAUCCCAAAUCAGGUUGUGAGCUGAUAAUGUGAUGAAACAGCCAGAAAUGUGAUUAAAAUUACAUAGUACAGUUCUGGGAGGUUGGGGGAGUUUGAGGUUUUGCUACUGUUCCUUUCUGUCGUGUGUAUCCUGAUUUUGCUGCAGUUUUAGUGAAGGGUAGAAAGGCUGUCAAGAGAAAACACAGGCCUUUAUUACUCACUGCAUUAAAAUAGGGUGCCUAAGCAUUUUCUGGCAGUAGAAGAAGUAGUUAUGUCAAGAUAAUUGCCUGUGUGGGUAGUAUUAUUUGUAGGGAAUUAACUUUAAAAAACCAACAGUAUUUGAUUAGUUCAGUGAAUCUGUUUAACAAAACUGGUCUUAACAUAAUUCUGCAGAAGCUAGAACAUGGAGCUUGCAUUCCCCACAAUGUAGAUAACUAAUGAUAAAAAAUAUUUUACUCUGCCAUUACGACUUCACAGCUGGGGAACUUAUACAGAAGAGGAGGACCAUUUAAAAUGCAUCUGCUUGCAUUGUCACAGAAAUCCUUCAUCUUGUUUUAAUAGCAGCCUUUGAAUGUCCUUGCCAUUAACAAAUAGUCAACAGCACUGUGCAUGAUGUAGGUCCACAGUAUGGUACUGGUAAUGGUUUGACUAGGGGAGGGGAGUAAGAAUAUCAUGUAAUUGAUUUUAAGCAUCUCUCUCUUUUACUUUAAAACUUUAAAAUGCAGCACCUUGCUUGUUGGGUUUGUGGGUUUUUUAGUGCUUGAGGGAACAAAAAUGCUUGAUGACAGAAAUAAAGUACUGUGAAUACCUAUUUUAGAACAAAUUUUUUCCAUUUGCAUUGAUGUACAGUAAUUUUUGGCUGUUUGUUUAUAAUCUUUUUUGACUUUGUGUUGAAGAAUAAAAUUACCGCAUUUUUAAGCA